AGGAAAAUCGUUACACUAUAUCAUCACAACCGAAAAACUCGCCGCUAAAACACCAAAACCGUCACAAAACCCGGAAAACCGUCAUAUAACCGCCGCGAAAUGGCCGCCUCUCCGUCGCCACCGCCACCGCUACCGUCACCGUCGCCACCACACCCGAACAAACUCACACCUACAUUCUUCCAUUCCUCUAUCCACAACAACCGAUCUAUGAACCACAAUAGGGCUCGAAUUCAUUGUCAACGGAACACAUCUGACAACAACGGGGCCCACCACUACCAACAACAGAAACAGCAACAGCACCAGUGGACUGUUGAUUGUGUUGCCGGAAGUGAUCCAAUUCACAUUAUUCUGAAGCCUCCGGCUCCUGCAACGUCUCCGAUUCAGAUGAAUUCUGGAUUGAAAAGUUUUAAGAAGGUUUGUUUGUUUUAUGCGGAUGAAAUGGAAGCCCUAGCGCAGCGGAUUGCUGCUCAGUCGGAUGCGAUUGAGCUAAGGAGUAUUAAUUGGAGGAAAUUUGAGGAUGGAUUUCCAAACUUGUCAAUACCUAAUGCACAUGGAAUAAGAGGAGAACAUGUAGCUUUUCUUGCAUCAUUUAGUUCUCCUGGAGUUAUCUUUGAGCAACUAUCAAUUAGUUAUGCAUUGCCGAAACUCUUCAUUUCGUCUUUCACUUUAGUCCUUCCGUUCUUCCCAACGGGGACUUCGGAACGCAUGGAAGACGAAGGGGAUAUCGCAACGGCUUUCACUCUUGCUCGGUUCUUGUCAAACAUUCCGAUAUCAAGGGGUGGGCCCACUAGUGUGGUGAUAUACGACAUCCAUGCCUUGCAGGAAAGAUUCUACUUUACUGAUAACGUAUUACCAUGUUUUGAGAGUGGGAUCCCUUUGCUUAAAAGUAGGCUGCAACAGCUUCCCGAUUCUGACAAUAUAUCGAUUGCUUUUCCAGAUGACGGUGCUUGGAAACGGUUUCACAAACAGCUACAGCACUUUCCUGUGAUUAUCUGUACAAAAGUUAGGGAAGGUGACCAACGAAUCGUACGCAUUAAAGAGGGAGAUCCUAAAGGCCGUCAUGUUGUGAUAGUUGAUGAUCUUGUUCAGUCAGGGGGAACGCUGAUUGAAUGUCAGAAAAUGUUGGCAAAACAUGGAGCAAAAAAAGUGAGUGCAUAUGUGACCCAUGGUGUUUUUCCUAAGCGGUCGUGGGAGCGGUUUAAACAUGAUACCGGAGGACAACCCGAUAACGGGUUGACAUUCUUUUGGAUAACGGACUCGUGCCCUCUGACUGUGAAGGAAGUGAAGAAUAAACCUCCAUUUGAAGUCCUCAGUCUUGCUAGUUCCAUAGCAGCUACUCUGCAAAUAUAAAAAAUGAAAUCUUUUUUUUUUUUUUUUUUUUUUUUUUUUUAGAGAGGUUUGGUUUCAAAGCAGCCUGAGUUUUACAUCAUUUAUUCUUGUUUUAUGUUAAUAAAAUCAUGCUUCUGUGAUAUACAGAUGACAUUCAUGUAUGCCAUUUUUCUGUAUUGUAUGAAUGACUAGUUGCAUCAAAAAAUCAA